AGUUUCCCACUGUGACCGCCUAACGUGGGCUUGGUUUCAUAGGCCACUCUCUGAUGCCAAUUUGUCGCCUACACUCAAACUUUGGGGUAGCAGAAGAGAAAGAACGAGAUAGUUCACAAAUCUGGGGCGAUGAGGAGAGGGCACAGCAAGAUUGACCAAAACAACUCCCGCCAGACUAUCGUCAGCCCAUACCGGCGACGGAGAACACGGCGCCGCAUUUACCAGCGACAAAUGUGAUAAAUGCGCUCACGCCGAGCACUGGCUCUACUCAUUCGGACUUUUCAAUGUCGUUUCCCAACAGUCCGCUCGCGAUUCCAAGCCUCAGUGGUACAAUUAAUACUUCGUCGGAGGCUUUUCAUGCGCGUCCAGGUCUUUUUGGAAAAGGUCCAAUGACGGUUCACAUGGAAGACGGGAAUAAACGUGGCUGGGAAGGAAUCGAUGUACAGCGGCGCAAUAUAAUCAACGUGCCAGGCCAGGCAAAUAUGACAGAGAGUACGGACGCGUCUGGCAUAGGAAGUCCUGUUAGUGUGCGCGAUCACGAUAGAUGGAAGAUGACGGCGGAUCCGGGAGGGGGUGAAGGAGGAGGGCAGCCUGGAGAACACCCCAGGUCACCGGGUGGAAGCAUUGGCGCGCGGUCCAGCAACGACCAGACUAAACCAGUAGACCAUCAGGACGACAAAUCUUCGACUAUCCCGCCGUGGAGCGAAUUGAAGACGAAAGCUGGAAAAGAUAGAAAACGACUACCAUUAGCAUGCAUCGCAUGUCGACGCAAGAAGAUUCGCUGCUCUGGCGAAAAGCCGGCGUGCAAACACUGCUUGCGAUCUCGCAUUCCUUGUGUAUAUAAAGUCACCACACGCAAGGCAGCCCCGCGUACAGAUUACAUGGCUAUGCUGGACAAGAGAUUGAAGCGCAUGGAGGAGCGAGUGAUUAAAACCAUUCCAAAAGAGGAGUUUCGAGCAAUGUCAGGCAUUGGAAGAGCAGUCUUGAAGGGGCCGCUACCCGGAGGUCAAUCCAGACUCACAGCAGGAAAGAAGCGACCGGCCGAGGAAGCCUUUGAGGACGAAUUAGCCGCGUGGCCUCAUCCGUCGCAAAAGCCAGUCGAUGGUAUUGUGGCAUUGUCGACUGCGCAGUCACGUCCACAGCCUAAGGGAGCAGACUCUGAGGAUUCUGGGCUUCUUUCUGAAGGAGCUGAACACCUUCCAUCAAAGGAAAUUCAGGAACAUCUGGCAGAGGUAUUCUUUGAUUUUGUCUAUGGUCAAUCCUAUUAUCUCUUGCAUAAGCCUAGCUACAUGCGCCAGCUCCGCGCUGGAUCGCUGCCUCCCGUUUUGGUUCUUGCUGUCUGUGCCGUAUCUGCCAGAUUCUCCACGCAUCCCUCAAUAAACUCGGAGCCAGCCUUUCUUCGAGGGGACGAAUGGGCCAAGGUUGCACGAAGAAUCAGCCUAAGCCAAUACGACGAGCCAAACAUUGUGAUCCUCUUAGUCUACAUCAUCCUAGGAUUGCAUGAAUUUGGUACUUGCCACGGCGGUCGCAGCUGGAUGCUGGGUGGAAUGGCCCAGAGAAUGGCAUUUGCCUUGCAGCUACAUCAUGAUUUGGAUCAUGACCCAACUCGCAAGCAAGGUCCAAAGGUCAAGUUGUCUCUCACUGAACGCGAGACUCGAAGGCGAGCGAUGUGGGCUUGUUUCGUCAUGGAUCGAUUCAACUCCUCUGGCACUGAACGACCAAUGUUUAUCAACGAGGACUGCCUCAAAAUUGCUCUUCCAAUCAAGGAAAAUCUCUAUCAAAUGGAAAUACCCGGUCAGGCUGAAACCCUAGAUGGAUCAUCAACUGAGUCGAAGUUGUCCGACGGACGUAAAAAUACUGAGAUUAACCUUGGCGAGUGUAUGGGCGUCGCUGCGUACCUUGUCCGUGUUAUCGCUAUAUGGGGCCAGGUUAUUCAAUAUGUCAACCUUGGCGGCAAGCAAGUAGAUCCUUUUCCUCCAUGGUCUCCCCAGUCAAAGUUUUACGUACUCAAAGCUAGAGUGGAAGACUUCCAACGCUCACUACCGCAAUCGUUGCAUUAUACGCCUGAGAAUCUCCACAAACAUGUCACUGAGCGUUUGGCGAAUCAGUUCAUAUUUAUGCAUAUCAUUUCACACCAGGCUGCACUGUUUGUCAAUCGCUCGGCCGUGACCGCGGCAACUGGAGGCAUGCCACCUAAAGACACUCCGCAAUGGUUUUUGAAUGACAUUGGGCGUUGUGUGGUUGCCGCCGCAAACCAGGUCUCAGCACUGAUCCACGAAGCCAUGGACUAUAAUGUUGUUGCACCCUUUGUUGGAUAUGCUGCAUUUUUCUCUAGCACCAUUCAUAUUCUCGGCGUCUUCUCGCGGAAUCAGCAGCUCGAAGCUUCGUCAAAGGAGAACCUUGCGCACAAUGUGCAGUACUUAUCCAAGAUGAAAAGGUACUGGGGCGUAUUCUAUUUCAUGAUUGACAGCCUCAAGGAUAUCUAUCAACAGCACGCAGACGCGGCGUUUAAGAACAAAGGAGCGGGUACUUCGCCUAGGCCAUAUUCUUCAAGCGUUUUCCAGUAUGGAGAUUGGUUCGAUAGGUACCCUCAUGGAGUGUCUGAAAUUGCCUUUGAGAAUCCUGCACCGGAUGUCAAAAAAGAAGUUGAUGACAGCGUGCUUAGCCAACGGCCUGGCCUUCAGACGGUUGAGGAUUUCUUUGCCGGCGUAUCUCCUCCAGGCGCCAAAGGCGAACAGUCCCGGAAGACAUCAACGAACGAGCAAGGAGCACGAAAAUCAAGUAAAAGAACUAGUAAGACUGCCGGAUCUGCAACUGCAGCUACAGGAAAGGCACGGCAGCAGCAAUUACAGCCGCCAAAGGCGCAAGCACAAGCAUCGGCGUCAUCCUCAAUACAACAACCACCCAGAGACUCAAGCAGAGGACAGCAUGAGCCCCCUCCUCCACCCCACGCAACCCGCGGUCUCUUACCGAAACCGGUCGACAAUGUGUCAGACAUGGUUUCUCGAUACUCAGCGCCGCAGCCCGUUUCUGGUUCUACUGCCCUGCAAACCACCCUUCCGCCACAGCUGUACCAAUCUGAGCCUCAGCCUCAACUUCCUUCCCCCCGGCAUCCGUCGCAGCCACACAUAUUCCAACAAAAUAAUUAUCAUCACCAGCCAGACAUCUCCACUCAGCUUCAGCAUCACCUACACCAUCAACAGCCUCCCCCUCAUGCAAGUCAGCAACCGCCGCCGCCUUCGCAGCCGCAGCCGAGCUUACCACCCAGCUUAAGCUACACAAGUUACGGGGGAAGCUUUGAUCCCUUGAGCGCCGCGGGGCCGACCGCAGGCCUUGGCAGCCUUUCCGAUGUCAGCAUCUGGGGCAUGGACGUCAACGCACUUAACGACGGAUACCUCAACGAAGCGACAAAUACGUGGUUCGGUCCGUUCAACUUGGAUCCGCCCGACAUCAACGGUGCUGCUGGGGGUGGCGCCGGCGCCGGCGGGGGGAUCAGCAAUGGUCCCGAUAUCACCGGUACAUCGGCUGGCGGGUUGGCCAAUUAUGCCAUGAUGCUACCGUUUCUGAUGGACCAGCAACAUCCUCCUCCUGCUCUGCAUCAAUCUCAUGAAUGAUUACGUUGUUCACAUUUCUCCUCUCUAUACUUUAUGCGAAUACUAUCCUUCGAUGCAGUGAUUCGGCCAAUCUACUGUUGAAUUAUAUUUACAUUCAAUCUUGACAUGUCCGGAGCAGGCGUACAAAAGAGUCGAGUCGGUGUCUCCUUAGUCUGCGACAAAUGUCUGAUUUUCCACUUUUACUUUUUAUUUUAUCCUAAUCUGUCCCCCCUUGAUUUGUUCUUCCAUACGGAGUGUUUUUGUGCGUUUGGGAUUUGUUCCUUCUUUGUUAAGUUUCGGGUGGUAAGCCAGCGUCUACCUAUUUCCGGGUCUUUUUCAUCUUCUUCUUAUGCUUCCCGCCUUACUCCGGUGGUAGUUUCUUUCAUUUUUGGCUUUGGUGCCCUUUUUGAGCUUUCUUGGUUGGGCAACCAGUUUACUUUUA